CCUGCUUAUGCGGAGCUAUAAGGUCGCUAUCGCUGAUUAAGCCAUCAUCGUUGCUUACUCGUUCCCGUCGCUGCGGCUGCUUCCCCAAGGUGGUCGAUGGUUCGCCGAGCAGCCCGAGCUCCAUGCUGGGGGAGGGUCAUGAUAUCGUCGUAUAAACCGGUAUUGCCUAGCCUGGUAGGUUUCAUAUCAUACACAGUUACACACCGGCAGCUGCACGCGACGCCCAACCAAGCAUCUGGCAACAACAACAACAACAACAACAACAACAACGCCGGCAGCGACACCAGUCAACAGCGUAUACAGCAAAUUCACGCAAUGCUCGAGCGAAUGCUGUUACGCUUUCCCGUGCGCUCGCGCAUGCCACUCGUGCUGCUCCAUUCGCCGCGAGACCGUGCUGCCGCUGGUGUGCGCGCCCCCUUCGCCCUCGCCCUCGCGUCGUCCGUCAAGACCAGAUCAUACGCGACGCCAGGCCGCCCCAAGAGCGUCGUCGGCGAACCGUCUCGACCUGUCAAACGAGCGGUCAAGAAGGCCGCGAACGAACCUGCUGAUGGCAACUCCGCCCCCAAAGGUCAGGUCGCAGCAAAGAAGCGCACCCCAACCAGCACACGUGCUCUGACCCCCGAAAAAGCGAAGCAGCAAAAGGAUGCGGCAGAAAAGAAGGACGCAAGAGCUGCUGCCCUGAAAGCGAAGGCGGCACUUCGCAAGUCCAGUGAUCGGAAGAAGGCCAAGUUGAAAGACUUGAAGGCUGCAGCCCUGCCGGAUGCGCCACGUAGGGUGGUGUACUAUUCUGCUUACCAAUUGUAUUGGUCAGAGCAUGUCAAAGCUACAGUUGAUACCAAUGCCACAACCACUGCUAGAACUAAAGAGGCUGCUAUGAAAUGGAAAGAGCUGUCAGCCGCAGAUUUGGAGCACUACAACCAUCUGCAACGCACGCAAAGAGAGGCUUCCGAGGCUGAGUACCAGCGAUGGAUCGAGUCAUACACACCAGAACAGAUUCGGCUCGCGAACCUGGCCCGGGCCCAGCUCCGUCGCGAGUUCCCCAGUCAGAAUUCAAAAUGGGCUGAGCUACAAGAUCAGCGGCGCCCGAAGCGUCCUGAGAGUGCCUAUCUGAUCUUCAGUCGCAAUCGUCAAGCCAGCGGCGAUUUCACACAUAUCAAAGUCCCGGAUCGAUCCAAGCUGCUUUCCCAAGAAUGGAAGGCCUUGAGCGAGAGCGAGAGAAGUAAGUACGAAAAGUUGUACAACCAAAACCACGAACGCUGGACCGAAGAAUAUACCCGGGCAUAUGGACGAGCGCCGGAUGUUAAGAAAGCUGCCGCUGCGGCCACCGCCUGAGCUUUUCCGUGCGAAAAUUUGCAACUUGUACAUGUCUUUUAUGGUCCUCACGCCGGCUGGUCGGUGUCGCCCUGCCUAUACUCGAAUGAAGUGGAACUGUAAGAAAGAAAAUAUGGGCAUACAGAAUCUCAUUUGUCGUGCUUUGGAACUGCGCCAGGCGCAAGUUAUGCGAAAGGUCGGAAUAACUUGUUCAAGGUUGGCAAUGGUAAUCCAUUUUCCACAUGAAUCAGAGAGCUUACGACUCGAUGGCGGGGGUGGGGUGUGUAUUAUGAACGAUCACAGCGCGUUUGAAUUCCGGACUGGCAAUAACAUACUGUAGCUGCUUACCUUAGCAUAUUCAUGUCUUUUCCUGUCG